AUGGCCAAGCGGAAACGCAGCGCGAAUGCGCAACUGCAGGCUGCAAAGAAGCAGUACCCGAACAGCAUUCCAAGUCCACCACAAGAUGCGAAUCCACUCGAGCCAGCAAGCGUACAUUCGGUCAUCUCAUCUGAAGAGAUUGAGGUCGCGAUUGAGACAUUACAAACGCUAUCCGCACAUCCCUUACUGAUCAAGUCAAAAGCGUGCAAAGACCUGAGGACUGCUGUAUACGACUUCCGUCAAGCAUGUACUACCGGCCUGAACUCAGCUGAUGGCAGUAACCUCACUGCGCGCAUAUCAGGUGCGCUCACAGACGCCAAGUACACAGAAGCCGUCAUCCUGUUGGCAGAGAUGCGCAUCAGGAAAGACACCCCAACACUAGGUGCUCUUUGUCGCUGGGUGCGUACUCUGGACGUAGUCUCCGGACUGUCGAUUCAUGUGCAGGUCCCUAGUCAUACAGUAGUCGGUACGAAUGCGCAAAACGACCAACUGAUCGGCGUGCUGGACUCAAUAUUGCGAGUUACGGGUCCGACAGACACCACAGCCCACGGCAUAGAUAUCCCAUCAGGUAUCUCAUUGCAAGACACUUGGGAUCUGCGUGGGACCAGCAAGCCCACUCGUCAAGUACGGAAAAGCGUCGAGGACAAAAGCAUCUUCAACUCAUGCUCCCCCGACCUCAAGGACCGCUUCCGCAUCAUCGAAACUACCGCCGGUCUGCAGCGCAAGCCACCGAACCUUCACCCUGCAAUCCUUUACGCGUCCCAAGACGACGCUGUGCUGCUCGGCAAAGGACCCAAGGCAGAAUGCUUCAAGCACCCAAUUGUGCCCAACCUCCGACUGAUCAAGGACGUACUCUCUCCAGAGGAAUGCUCCGCCAUCAUCGCAGCCGGCGAAACUAUAGAGUUCAUCCCCGAUGCGCCGAUGCGACCGCAAGGUGAAGACACUAGUGUGUUAGCACACAACUUCUACUGGAUCGUCGACCAAGCAUUCCACGACAAGCUCUGGGAAAGAGUGAAGGCGUUUGUGCCGGACAGCGUGGCUGGCAAGAAAGUCCGCGGUAUCAACCGACGCUUCAGAGUGUACAGAUACGUGCCUGGUGCUGAGUAUCGUAUGCAUAUCGAUGGCGCUUGGCCACCCUCAGGUAUCGAUCCCGUCACUGAUGCUUACAAAUACGAUGCGUCGCCAGCCGACGCGCGCCAGUCGUCUCUCUUCACCUUCCUUAUCUACCUGAACGACGAGUUCAAGGGUGGAGAGACGACUUUCUUCGUUCCUAGUGUUAAGGAGGGCGUUAUUAACGCUUACCCUGUAAAGCCUAUCAUGGGCAGUGUCGCGGUAUUUCCACACGGCGAGGCGCAAGGAGCGCUACUUCACGAAGGCACGGGGGUUGUUGAGGGUGCGAAGUAUGUUAUUAGAACGGAUGUUGAGUAUGAUGUCGACAGUACAGCCUGA